AAAAAUAGAAGAAGGUGAGAGAAAGGAGGAGUCCCCCCUCUACAGAAAUCAAAAGAAAAAAUAAAAGUGGAGAAAGAAAAGAGGACUCCUUCAUGACACUCAAAGCUGGCGCCUUAUUCCGCCAUUAAAAUCCCAUUUUCCGACCUUCUAUCUCUCUCCUCCAACCUCAAUAUCUUCCUACAUCUUUCCCCUAAAUCUCACCCCCAAAUUUCAACGAAAAAACCCUAAUUUCCACCAAAUCAACACCAAAUUCCAAAAAAUCCUCCCUAAAUCAACCAAAUCAAUUGAAAUCGAAAUCGAAUUCAUUCCUACACCAAAAUCAAAUCAAAUGAAAACCACAGGAAAACUUUUUACGGUCGGAUUAAUUACCUUCUGGUACUCUUCAAAUAUCGGCGUGAUCUUAUUAAACAAGUAUUUGUUAAGCAAUUAUGGAUUUAAGUAUCCGAUUUUCCUUACAAUGUGUCAUAUGACAGCCUGUUCUCUAUUAAGUUACAUCGCCAUUGCAUGGUUAAAGAUUGUUCCAAUGCAGACGAUUCGAUCUCGUGUUCAAUUUGCGAAGAUUGCUGCACUUUCCGCCAUUUUUUGUGCUUCGGUUGUUAGCGGAAACAUCUCUCUUCGUUAUCUUCCUGUUUCGUUUAAUCAGGCUGUCGGUGCUACGACGCCAUUUUUUACUGCCAUUUUUGCGUAUCUUAUGACCUUCAAAAGAGAAGGAUGGCUCACUUAUGUCACUCUCAUUCCUGUCGUUACUGGCGUUGUCAUUGCUAGUGGGGGAGAACCGAUGUUUAAUUUGUUUGGGUUUAUAAUGUGUGUUGGAGCAACUGCUGCACGAGCACUUAAGACAGUACUUCAAGGGAUCUUACUAUCUUCGGAAGGGGAGAAGCUUAAUUCUAUGAAUCUUCUCAUGUACAUGGCUCCUAUAGCUGUUGUCUGCCUUAUUCCGGCGGCACUCACAAUGGAGAAAAAUGUAGUUGGGAUCACGGUAGCACUUGCAAGAGAAGACCGUAGCAUUGUUUGGUAUCUGCUCUUCAAUUCUACACUUGCCUACUUUGUGAAUUUGACCAAUUUUUUGGUGACCAAACACACAAGUGCUUUGACUCUCCAGGUGUUGGGAAAUGCUAAGGGAGCUGUUGCUGUUGUCGUGUCGAUUUUGAUAUUUAAGAACCCCGUAUCAGUGACGGGAAUGCUUGGUUACUGCCUCACUGUAAUCGGGGUUGUUCUAUACAGUGAAGCCAAAAAGCGGAGCAAAUAAAGCUUCUGAAACACACAUUUGUAGUGCAUUAGAUUUAGGCCACCUUGCUACAGUCUUCAAUUCAAGGUGAAAGUUAUGGGAACUUUGGCAAACUUCUUAGGCAGCAAUCUGCAAACCCAGAAAGGAACUAUUUGGUUAAGCAGAGAUUUAUAACACAGGUUCGUGAAUUUCACAAUUGCUGCUACAAGUAGAAUUUGUUCCAUCUUUAGAUCAUUGUAGUUCUUACAUUUAAUUUAUUUAGAGAUGAUUAUUGGAUAUUUUUAAUUAUAGUACCAUUAAGUUUAGUUUGUGUAUGUGUGAAAUUCACAAAAUGUUGGUUUAUUGAUAUAGAAAUACAUUUUGUCGUGUAAAGUUGAAUUCAAGAUGUUGCUUUAUAAGUUAAGAGUAUGAUUUAUUUUCACUUAA